AUGGAGGGAUUGGGGCUGUCGAAUGAAGAGAUCGGGCGGCUGGUGACGAUCAAUGAAGAGAAGAAAUGCCGAGUGUAUGAAACGACUUAUUUGAAUUUGUUCGUGUUGAAUGAGUUGGUGGAGUCUGCGGAUUCCGCUAGGAUCAAACAUCCUUCCAUAGAACAACUGAACGAUACCUUCUUUUGGUCCAGUUUUGCUCCCGAAUUGGGGCUGAGCAACAAAGGAAUUCCAAUCGAACAGGCACAAUCCACUCUUCGAAAGUUCCAUCUUGAUUUGAUUCCCGAGAGCGAGGCCGCCGUGGAGGUCGUGAAUCCCGUGGAAAUCGAUCGAGAAGACGAAGAGGGAGGCGACGCCAUGAUGCUGAUGGCGAAUGAUAGCGAUUUGGAAAUGCUCGUAUCGCUCGAUGUGCUUCAAGUCGUGAAUAACCGCGGGAGCAACAAUCUAAACGAAAGUCGAUUGUGCAAAGGAACGCUUUUCACAGAAUCUUCAUUCCUCUAUAACGCCUACACCACUCACAAUUUCAUUCAUUUAGAUUAUGACGCCGAAACCGAUCUUUUAGUCACUACCACCACCGGAUCGCAGGAGGACGAUAGCGUUCUUUCUGUCUGGGAUAACGCAGACAGCGGCGCUGAAGGAACCUUAAAACGCAUUCAAUACCUUGCAGGCCAUCGCACCACCGUCGUUGCCACAUGCUUCUUCUCCGUGGGGACCGAGCGGUUCCUUCUCUCCGCAGGAAAGGAUCGACAGCUCCGCAUUUGGAGGCUGAAAGACCGAAAAUUCGAGGGAUUUUUGACAUUCCAAAAGGCGCAUAGUCGCAUUAUUUGGGACUGUGAUGUGGCGUGGAGCGGAGAAACGAGCGCGAUUCUGCUGACAGCGAGUCGAGACGGGUGUGUGAAGGCGUGGGAGUUCUGUCCGGGAGAAGGAAAACUUCGAGAAGUGGGAAAAAUAGAUCUGGGCGAAAGUGUAACGGCGGUCGCAGCGAGCAAGAUGAAGAGAGACGAGGAAGUCGCAGUGGUUUGUGGAACGGAAAGCGGAAUGAUUGGAUUGUAUCGAUUGGCAAGAGAUGGAGAAAAUGUGAGUUUUGAGAAGGAAGACGAAGUCCGUUGCGGAAAGCAAAUUAAUUCCAUUGAGUGGCUGCCUGUGGAGAAACUGACCGGAGUAAGGCGGUCUGAAGAGGAGUAUUUUGAGAAGAGCGUUGGAAACUGUGUGGUCGGGUGCCAGAAUGGAGGUGUAUACCUGUUCCAGAUUUGUUUUUCUGUUUGUUCCAUACGCUAUGAUUAUGAAGGAAUUGGUGAUAACUGA